AAAUAAAAUAAAUUCAAACAUAACGGUCGACGCGACGGUGAGUUUAAUAAGUAUAGUAUUAAAUAGAUAAAAAUAAAACAGAGUUGCGAUAACCAGUUACGAGCGAGGUUUAAACUGUUAAGAAUCCGUUAGAUUACCAGAAGACAUUGAAGAGUCAUGAUAUCCAAAUAUAUCCUCAGUAUUGUGCUGUUAUUACCGGCGUUUGUAACAUGUAAUCGAUCACCAUUAAUCGAAAUUGAACAGGGGAAAAUACGGGGAGUUGUGAAAAAAGAUUGGAAAGGAGGAAGAUUUUAUAGUUUUUUAAAAGUUCCUUAUGCGAAACCACCAAUUGGAGAACGUAGAUUUAAGGAUCCACAACCAGCAGAAAAAUGGGAUGGAAUUUUAGAAGCAGAAAUUGACAUGCCGCAAUGUGUUCAACUCGAUUCAAAUAAAAAAAUAGUUGGGCAAGAAGAUUGUUUGUAUAUGAACAUACACACUCCAAAUGUUGCCACCAAAAAUUUAAGACCAGUUAUGGUUUUUAUCCACGGUGGUGGAUACACUGUGGGAAGUGGACAAUUAGAUAUGUUUGGACCAGAAUUUUUCCUCCCUGAAAAAAUUGUGUUAAUAACAAUCAAUUAUCGGUUGGGAUUCUUUGGAUUUCUUAAUUUUGAAAAUCCGGAGAUUGGAGUCCCCGGUAAUGCCGCUUUGAAAGAUCAAAAUUCAGCGUUAAAAUGGAUUCAGAAAAACAUCGAAAUGUUUGGUGGCGAUCCUGGAAGUGUGACGCUUUUCGGCGAAAGUGCUGGAGGAGCAAGUGUCCAUAUGCACAUGUUAUCUCCACUUUCUAAAGGAUUAGUACACAGAGUGAUCGCCCAAAGCGGCAGUGCUAAUUGCAUUUGGAAUGAAGCUCAAAAAAAUACGGGAAUUUACCUUGCUGAGAAUUUAAAUUUUUCGGUUGAUGACGAAAAGGACAUUUUAAAAUAUUUACAAUCAAUUCCAAUUGAUGAUAUUAUCAAAGUUGAAAAAAAAUCGGAUAGGUUACUUCCCCUUCACAAAAUACCUUUAUUUGGCCCGGUUGUGGAACCUUUACACAGCGGAGAUAUAUUUUUAUCAGAAUCACCUACAAAGAUUUUAUCCAGAGGACAAUUCCAAAAACUUCCCUUUAUUCUAGGAUUUAAUAGCAACGAAGUCUUAGUUGUUUAUGCUCAGGAUAUGCUUAUAUACGGAGAAUUAAAAGAAAUGCCCGAACACUAUUUUAUUCCUCAUCAACUAAACGUUACAGAUGAAGAGUCAAAACAAAAUCUUUUCAAUCGUAUCAAAAAACAAUACAAAAUCAACGAAUACAAAGCUGGAACCGAGAAAUACUCAAAAUUAUUCUCCGAAAUUUUCAUAAUUUAUGGAGUAUACGCUUCAAUUAGCGAACAUGUUUUAGUUGAUCACAAAGAUUUAUAUUUAUAUAAAUUUUCAUCGGAUACUAAAUUAAACUAUUUCAAACAAAUGCACGAAGAUAUUGCUAAAAUGCCGGGCGCGGGUCAUGUUGAAGAACUUGGUUACUUAUUUAAAAAUAAAUUUACCCCAAAAGAUCUUACUCAAAACUCAAUUGAAGGCCAAAAUAUUAUUAAGAUGGUAAAACUUUGGACGAAUUUUGCAAAACAUGGGAAACCUACACCGAAAAAUAAUGAUUUGGGUGUAAGUUGGUUAAAAGUUACUCGAAAUAAACUGAAUUAUUUAGAUAUAUCCACGGAUUCAUUAAUUACAAAGGUCGAACCGUUUGAUCGAAAAAAUAUGGAGUUUUGGGAUAAAUUAUUAGGAAAGAGUGUUAAAUACGAACAUACAGAAUUAUAAUAUUGUUUAAAUAAUAAACAUUUUAAGGUAUUCAA